AUGCACCCGCCCGCACCCGCCAAUCGAAGCGAAAGAGUUCAUGAUGCCGAUGCUGCUAUUCGCCAGACAGAUUCAGAUGCAGCAUUGGCACGGCUGUCUGCAGUCAGGAAAGGCUAUUUGACCGACCGUUUCAUCAGUUCCCUGUUGCCUCGGGCGCAGCUACAGCCCCUGCGGUCACCAUUGAUCAACACUGGCACCUAUCCAGAGGGGCAACUUUGUCAGAUUGUUAGUCUCGGAGCAGGGAGCGAUACACGGUUUUGGCGUUUAAUGGAUGGACCCUGGAAAGAGCAGAUUGGAGCGUAUUUCGAACUUGACUUUCCGGACGUGACCCUGAAGAAAGCAAUGACCAUUCGCAACCCGAGAAGUGGGCUCAGCACUACUCUUGGUCAUUCGGAGUUAGAUCUUGGCGGGCAGGCUUUGCACUCGUCCAGAUAUCACCUUUUACCAUGUGAUCUUCGCAACCCCCCCGCAGACAUUUUUCCAGGGCUCUUCAAAGAGUAUCUGUCACCUGCUCUUCCAACACUUCUAUUAUUUGAAUGCGUGUUGGUUUACAUGUCACCGGAGGCCUCAUCCAUAUUGAUCCAAUGGUUCGUUGACUUCUUCAACCCAAGCACCCACACUCCAUCGCCAGGCACUCUUGGAUGCACGGUGUAUGAAAUGUUCGGGCUGGAGGAUGCCUUUGGGCAGGUCAUGAUGAACAAUCUUCGAGCGAGAAAUGUUUCUCUUCCCGGAGCGAAGCCAUAUCCUUCGUUAGAGUCUCUCCCCUCCCGUUUCUUAACGCACGGAUUCACUUCUGCGAAGGCGCUAACCCUUCGUAACAUCAGAAGUAAUUACAUAGAGCGGUCAGAACUAGAAAGAAUAUCUAGCCUUGAAAUGCUUGACGAGGUCGAAGAGCUCAAUCUCGUUCUUGAACAUUAUGCAAUCACAUGGGGUGUGAAGACAUCCUCUUCAGCUGCGUCAAUAUCCCCAUGGAUUAAAUGGGGCUUGCGCCCGGUCAAACAACAACUCGCAGAUAUUGCGUAGCUUGACUAAUAACAGCAGUGCGCAGUCCCAGACUCGCCAAAUUAGGGCUUUUUUUGAUGAUCGGUUUUUUCUGGGUCAUUGUCGUGCUGGGGGUAUGCUCCGUGAGCUUUGUUCGCAUCGGCUGCCCUACUUUGUAGUGAAUCUAGAUUCGCUUUUGUUUUCGUUUUUGUCUCUAGCUUCUCUUCGUUCGACGUUGACGCUGGUUUAUUGUCAUCUUCCAAGUUGUGCUUGAGGGUGUUAAACAAUUAUCAUUCACGGUGUGAAACAAAUUUGGAUUCCAUUAU